AUGUCCAACAUCUUCGAUGAUUUCAAGGAGGGCCAGAAGAUCGGCUCUGGCGCCCGCCUGGCGGCAUCUCUCUCCCCCGUCGCGACUGCGGAGUACCCCGACCGUCUGAAGUCAUUCUACUACUUCUCUAACGCCGUACAUGUUUCCGCCGACCUCCGAUACUCGCUCUUCCAAGCAAAUGGCCUGAGGCUUCCCAAGCAAGAACAGAACUCGUGGGUCGACAUCUUUACCGCUUAUUGGAAAGCCGUGGGGGAGAUUGUCCGAUUCGACGACUCCCCCAGACAUGCUAGCUGGGUGAAAGUGUUCGAUGCGUGGAAGGAUACGGCAAAUCAAUUGAUUAGGGGCUACUCGACAGGCAGUCUGCAAGCUUGGACGGUGCCAUGCUUGUACUCUGUCGGAAGAUAUUUGCGGGCCUUCGCCAUGAAGGCCGAUGCUGAGCUUUCUGCCCAAGACUCCGUCACUUUCGACGAUCGCUUUCAGGAUGAUGCGACGGAUGCCAAGAAUCCAAAGCUGGAGGAAGCUACACGGGUGCUCAACAGGAUGUUUACCUUGUGUCUAAGUGACCGGGCACCGAUCGAGGAAUCGCGAAAAUGGGGCAUCUACGACACUACAAACCUGCUGUUCAAGACAUACUUCAAACUCAACACUGUUGGCCUCUCCAAGAACUUGCUGCGUGCCCUCAAUGCCUCAUCUGCCGAUCUUCCCGGCUUGGACGCCUUUCCCAAGUCUCAUAUUGUCACCUUUGAGUACUACGUCGGUGUCAUACACUUUCUGGAUGAGAAUUAUGCUGAAGCUGAAGAGCAUCUGUCGUACGCAUGGAGGAUGUGCAACAAAUCUGCGACGAAGAAUAGAGAGUUGAUUCUCACCUACCUCGUUCCCUGCCAUCUUGUCACCACACACACUUUGCCCAGCAAAAAGCUUCUUGCACCGUUCCCUCGUGUAGAGAAGCUCUUCCGUCCAUUGUGCGACUGUAUAAAAAAGGGAGACCUGGGCGGGUUUGAUGCCGCGAUGACAGCCGGGGAGGAAGAAUUCGUCAAGAGGCGCAUAUACUUACCCCUGGAAAGGGGACGCGAUAUCGCUUUACGGAACCUCUUCCGCAAGGUCUUCAUCGCCGGUGGAUUCGACGAACCCAAGGAAGGACAGCCUCCCAUUCGUCGCACACGGGUUCCCGUUGCCGAGUUCGCAGCGGCGUUAAGGAUUGGUACUCAUGCCGAUGAUCGGUCCCGCGUAGACAUUGAUGAGGUUGAAUGUCUGCUGUCAAACCUUAUCUACAAGGGAUUGAUGAAAGGAUACAUUGCCCGUGAACGCGGCAUGGUUGUAUUGAGCAAAGGUGGCACCGCAUUCCCUGGAACGGGGGUCUAG